AUGCCUGGAAACAUCCGAUCAGUGUCUUUUGUCUGGGUGGUGUUGGUCUGUCUGUUGUUCUGCAGCAGACUGACCAGCGUGGGUGCAGCACCCAUCUGUGCCAAUGCCCAGUCUGGGUGCCACGUCCUCUCCCUGGCGAACCUGUUUGACCGGGUCAUCCAACACUCAGCCAGGACGCACGGCAUUUCAAACGACCUUCACUCCGAGUUCGAGCAGUACUUCCUGCCCAGUAAGAAUCACAUUGGCCGGGUCAGUCGCAACUGUCACACCUCCAGCAUCCUCACCCCAAAUGGCAAGGACAACGCUCAGAGGAUGGCGAGGGAGGAGCUGACGGAGGUGAUCCUGAAGCUCCUGGUGGCAUGGAGGGAUCCUCUGUGGCAUUUCCACCAGAGCAUGGCUCGCCACCACGACUUCAACAACUUCAGCUCUAAUAAAGCCCUUGAGAUGAGCGACAUGGUGCACGAGCUACGCCAAGGUGUGGAGAAAGUGGCUGAGAAGAUGCAGGUGUUGGGGAUAAUAAGCAACACCCUCAGCAGCCUGUCUUCUCCCGAGGCUUCAUUGCCAUCCGACAGCGCCGACUGGCGCCUGAUGAAAGACUUCGACCUCCUCUACUGCCUUCGCCGAGACUCCAACAAGGUCCAGAACUACCUGAAGAUACUCAAGUGUCGUAUCGUUCCAGAGCACGGAUGCUAA